GGGCAUUGUUUUGUUCAGAAGUGUUUAUUUUAAUGCAUAGAGUUUCACAUCGGACAGCAAAUAAGCUUUUGUUACUUUGUGCCAAAUGGAGGGUCCUUAGUUCAUUCUCUCUCAUAGCUCCUUCUUCUCUCUGCUAAACCAAACCGUGAAAAUCGAUAUUUUUCGUCAGCCACUGAUCCACACUACUUUAUUCAGGAUAGAAAAAAUUGGAAAUUUUGAGUGUGAAUUUUAAUGUCUCCACCGCUGCUCGGUGUUGGGGAGGAGGAGGAUCAGAGCAAUGUGACUUUAUUGGCUUCCCCUGCCUCCAUUGAUAGCUUAUGCCGUAACAGUUCUGAAUUGAAAGAGCGUAACUACAUGGGAUUAUCUGAUUGUUCAUCAGUGGACAGCUCAGGAGUAUCCAUGGUAUCUGAUGGGAAUAAAAGUAGUCUGAAUCUGAAAGCUACAGAGCUGAGACUUGGGCUUCCUGGAUGCCAGUCUCCCGAAAGAGAUCCAGAACGCCGCUUGCUAAGCUCGGCUCAACUCGAUGAAAAGCCCCUCUUCCCUCUGCAUCCUUUGAAUGAUGGUCAGUACCCUUCUUCACAGAAGGCUGUUGGUUCGGGCAGCAAAAGAGGGUUCUCAGAUGCUAUGGAUGGAUUCACAAAGGAAAAAUAUCUUGCUAAGUCGGAGGUAGCUCCGAUGCUGUCCCCCAGGCCUUCUUCGAACUUGGGACUAAAAACUGAACCAACUAAUGCAAAAGAGGUAGCACCAUCAAAGAUAGUACAAGAAAGGCCUCGUGCUGCUAAUGAACCCAGACCAAAUCAUAAUGGCUCUGCAAAUGGUAAUAGCAGUGCACCUGCUACCAAGGCGCAGGUUGUGGGUUGGCCACCUAUCAGAUCAUUUAGGAAGAACUCAUUGGCUUCUACUUCAAAGAACAAUGAUGAAGUAGAAGGAAAAGCAGUGCCUGGUGCUAUCUUUGUCAAGGUCAGCAUGGAUGGUGCUCCUUAUUUGAGGAAAGUGGACUUAAAGAAUUACUCUAAGUACCAGGAACUCUCGUCUGCCCUCGAGAAGAUGUUCAGCUGCUUUACCAUUGGUCAAUAUGGUUCUCAUGGAACUCUGGGCAGGGAGAUGCUGAGUGAGAGCAAGCUGAAGGAUCUGCUUCAUGGCUCAGAAUAUGUUCUUACAUAUGAAGAUAAAGAUGGCGACUGGAUGCUCGUGGGUGAUGUCCCCUGGGAGAUGUUUAUUGAGACAUGCAAAAGGAUGAGAAUCAUGAAGAGCUCUGAUGCCAUUGGACUAGCUCCAAGGGCUGUGGAGAAGUGCAGGAACAGGAACUAGUUCGUCUCUGCACAUGAUUAACGCUAUCCUUCCAGCAGUCUUAACGGAAAAUAUGAGGAGGCUGAAAGCACAUUAGCCAGAUUUUAGUUGAAGGGUGAGGAGUGCUAGGGUGCUUGGACUGGAUAGGAAAUUAUGUGUGGCUACUUUUAUCAUGUUACUAUGUUUACGUUUUUCAUUGCCAUGGAGUUAAAUGUUCUGGUAAGGUCUGUUUCUACUUUUAUUAUAUUUGUAAGACUCCUAAAACCUUAUAAAUGUGGGAGUGUACUUCUAGGCAAGUUCCUGUUCAUAUACAGGAUCCUUAGUUUGUAAAAAGUGCAUUGUCUGGUGAACUUUUAAUGUUUAUGUAUGUGUGCGUAUGAGCAAAAGACCACCCAGUUAUCUGUCA